GGUCUGGUAGUAUGUGCAGAACCAAACGCCGAAAUCUACCGCUUUGACUCGCAGUUGUUCUUGACCACAGAUCAACACUCAUACAGUCCCAUUGCUCUGAGUGAUGCCAAUGUGCUACUACAGGGCACCCUCGUGCGUAAUGUGGACUAUGUCUACGGCAUGGCUGUAUACACAGGUGACGACACCAAACUCAGCAUGAACAAGAAAGUGCCCGAAGAGAAAUCCACAGCCUUAGACGCGCUCAUUGAUCGGUGUGUGGCCGCCAUAUUUAUAUCACAACUGUGCAUAGCUGCCGUGUUGGGAGGUUUAGGUCUGUGGCAACAGAUGUCUGACCAAGAAGACAUGUGGUAUCUCGGCGGUAGGGGUUCGCACGAGAUGAACUGGUACGACUUCCUGGUGGUGCCGCUGAGAAUGCUGUUACUGAUGAGUCUGAUGAUCCCCAUAUCACUCAAG